AUGGGCCUUAUUUCAAUACCAAGAACAAAGAUGUUCAAGAAUGUUGUGGCUUCUCUGUAAUAUAUUAUAAUUUAAUCGUUUAGAGUUAAUGAAUGUAUAUAUCAAUUAAAUACAAUAUUAUUGAAGUUUCAACCACAAUUAGUAAUGAAAAACUCUGAAUCACAAGACUCUGAAUCACAAGAGUCUAAGAAGGAAUGCAAAUAAGAAAAAGGAAAUGGAUUUUAUAUCUCUAUCAUAAUUUUUGACCCCAAAUAUAUGUAUAAAUUUAAAAUUUUCAUUUUCUUUGUUUUUUUGAUUUUGUAGCAGGGUUAGGGAAGAUGGGUGAAGAGAUUCUACAAUAUCCAUAAAAAAACACUUCCCUUUGUGAGAAAUAUUGGGAAAAUUUAUAUAUAAGAUAGUUUGAAAAAUAAAAUUCCAGAAAUGCAAAAUGUUGCAAAUUAAAUGAAGCUACAAAAUAUGAAUAUAAAGAGUCAAUUAGGUGUAAUGCUUAAUUAUUAGAAUGACUACUUUAAAAUUUAUAACAGAAUAAUGAAGUUCAAAGUUAUUUGACAGAAAUAAAUUUAUGGUUAUGUGUUCAAAAAAAUUCCAUUAUCUUAAAAAAUCUUCACCAAAUUUCUAGAAAAACCUAAUAAAAAUUUAAGGGAAGAAAAUCAUCCAAAAUCCCCCACUGUUUAAACAGAAACUCUAAAAGUGUUAAAUUGGGCUUCAUUAUAAAAAAAAACAUUAAAUUUAUUAAAUAAAAUUAUAAUAGAAUCAAAUAGUUCAGAGAAAGUGCCAAGAAUUUAUUAGUAUUCUUUUCGAAAAUUCAAUUAUCUUAUAUUUUUCAGAAUAAAUAUGAAGUCUUAUAGGUGUUUCUAUUAAUUAGUAGGAAUUCCUAUACUAUUUAAAAUAACAAUUUUGACACCUCCAAAUAACAGAAGAUAUAGUAGUUAGAAUGAGAUAUUU